AUGCUUUACACGCGUCUUCAAAGCAUGCUUCGCGAUCGGAGGAGGACCCGACGGGACAUUGAGAUUUCUGCUCCGUUUGAUCUGAAACUCGAACCCGUCAACCUUCCCGGUGUUUCUCAAGAAGAAAUCGCCAUCCUCCGCGAGAAGGCAGCUGCCUCACGCAUCGGUGUCCUCGAACUCCGCCCCGAAUCACCUUCAGAGUAUCACAAGAUGUCCCGGCCGUCUCCACGACUUCGUCCGGUACAACCUGCCGUCACUGAAGUAGAGACACGGCCAUUAUGGUAUUAA